AUGAGCGAUCCAGCCGAAACCCUGACCGGUUCCUGUCUUUGCGGGGCCUGGAGAUACACGGUCCUCAAACAGCCCGUCAAGAGCAUCAUUUGCCACUGCGACGCCUGCAAAAAAUGGUCUGGAUCGGUUUUCAUGGCCAACAUCCUAUUUCCGCGCUCCGCUCUGGACCUCAGGCCCGACAACGCCAUCAUCCCACCACCGCAAAUGACUACCUACGGGGACAAAGGCUCCGACUCGGGCCGCACGGUCAACCGCCACUUCUGCGCCAGAUGUGGUAGUCCGCUGUACUGCUCUACCUCGGACUUUCAGGAUAUGAUCUCGUUGCCGGCCGGGUCUAUUGAUGGACCGCUCGGGGGCGGAUCUGGGGCAGAGCAUGCGAUGUUGACGGGAGAAGAGCGACUGAAGGGUCUGGACCCUGAGAUCGAGUUUUAUUGUCAAAGAGCGACACCCUGGGUGGAAAUCAAAAGCAAGACCUCGAAACUUCAAAGUUUGGGGGAGUUGGGAAUGGACGGGCAGAAGCCUUAG